AUGAGAGUGCCAGGUCUGAAGGGCUUGGCCAACGCCAUCACACACUCCCACCCGGUCGCCACAGCCAGCAAGGGCCAGACAGACUUCACCAGGAUCCCUCGCCGACGGCGCGGCUUCGAUCUCGCGAAUGCUUUCUUCAUCGCAAGUGGCAGCCCCGCUCGAACUACUCCGGCCGAGAGACAGACAUGCGCUUCGGGUCUUGCUUAUUACGUUUGUGAAAAUGGAUACACUGGAUGCUGUGCGGCCAAUCCGUGCAAUGGAGGCGGCGAAUGCCCUGCCUCUCUGGUUGAGAGAGCCGUCUCAAAUGCCCAGCAGGCAUCGACGAGCGUUUCAAUCGCAACAGUCACAACGAUUGACGGAACUUCGAAUACUGAACAGACUACAACUCUCCGUAAACCAACUACCACAAAAGCGGCCACCACAAAAGCGCCUUCGACGGCCGCGGCGACAGCAUCUGCGACUACCCGACGAGCGUCUUCAACACUGACGACAGCAUCAACUGCUACAUCGACAACGACUUCGGGAGUACCAUCGUCCACGGCUGAUGCUCAGGCAUUGACUCGCAAUCGAAACAAUGCGGGUCCCAUAGCGGGAGGCGUAGUUGGCGGAGUCGUUGGACUCGUCCUGAUAUUAGCCCUCGUGGCAUUCUUCGUUCGUCGCCACCGCCGAACCGUCGACGAACGUAGGGCCAAUCGGGAGAGGGAAGAGAUGAAGAAAAAAGUCGGUGGAGUAACGCCCAUCUUCACCGGUCCUACCACGCACAUGCGCUCGCAGAGCACCGCGAAUGAUGUGUGGUCUCCCACAGGAGGUUCGUACUAUCCACCCCAACACACCAGACAGAGAAGUAUCUUCCAAGAACAGCACAAACAAGAACAGACCUGGGUCUGACGAUUGGGUAUGUGUGUAGGUCCUUCUCCCACGCCUGUCACACACAGUGCUGAUUUCAGCGAGCUCGAGGGCCAUACCAGCACGUCACCUGGCAUGCGAGCCGAGCGUGGGCGUGGAAACCUGCCGGCUGCGGUGUUGCGGCCUCCUCAGAUGCUCGACGGAACGCCAGUGGGGCGUCUCGGCAUACACUCGUCGACGUCGAGAUCUUCCAUCUUCGUGGAGCACAUCUCGGAGAUGGAAGACACGGUAUGUUGCCCUCCCUACAGCCGGGACGAUCAUCAAGUCUCCUGCUGACAAGCUUUCCAAGUCUCAUGGCCCACCAGUGCCAUCAAGACGAGCUUCACCCAGCUCUCUUGACUCGCCAAUCUUGGGUCGUCCUAGCACUGCUGCCUCCACCACAUCUCUGGCGGACGACACCAGGCGCAGGAAUCAUCUGUUGUCAUGGAACAACUACGAUCCAAAGCAGGCGACAGAUGACGGCGAGAGUCACAUCACCGGAACCAUGACGCCCAAGACCCCUCCGUCCGCUCGGACACCUCAUGGCAGUAGUCCAGGCAGGCCCGGUUCACAGGGACCAGAUGCGCCGACCUUUGAUGAGCUUUUGAAACCCACCAUCUACGAACGUCCGACGAAAGCCCCGCGGAGAGGGUGGUCUUUACGAAGGAGCAAGGCGUGA